CUCCCCCAUACGUGUAUUGUCCAGCGGUGCAGGUGGAGGUUCCUACAAUAUAAGAUCUGCUCAGUGGAUAUCUUCUAUAUAGGAUCAUUCUCCUGAUUGACCCAUCAAGGAUGAAUAGAGAUAGGGUCAAGAUAGCAGAGACUAUAUUCAAUCUUACCCUGGAGAUACUAUAUCGCAUUACUGGAGAGGACUACACAGUAGUGAAGAAGACCUCUAGUGAGCACAGUCAGGACCCUGUGUCUGAAGGAUGGGGAGGAACCCUGAGCCCAAUCACAGGGCCUCCACUUCACCCCCUAAUAAAUGAGGAAAUCAAUAAAGAGAAGAUCCUAGAACUCGCCAACAAGAUGAUUGAGCUGCUGACUGGAGAGGUUCCUAUAAGGUGCCAUGGAGUCUAUUUCUCCAUGGAAGAGUCAAAAUGUUUAGAAGGAAACAAAGAUCUGUACAAGGACGUCAUGAUGGGGGAUCACCGGCCUCUCACAUCAUCAGUUAGGUCCGGUAAGAGAAAAACACAGGAGAGGCGGCACAGUCCUCUUGUUCCACAGCAUGGUUCAGAACAACAUCACAAUGUCCCACAGGAUGAUCAGUAUUUGUUUCAGGUUUUGGAUCCAGAUAAAGAUCUGAAAAUGAUUAAGGAUACAGAGACAUAUGUGAAGGGUGAUGAGCAGAGUAUAGAGGACAUUCCUACAGAUAACCGCCCAGAUAACUGUACCAGGAGCUCAGAGGGACAUCUGAAAUCUUCUGACUUUAAAACAGAAGAUUGUGGUAUCUCAGAGGACACUUACAAAGAAGAUGCCAUUAUCCCAGAUAUACCCUUAGUUCUUCACAGCAAACACCCAUUUGAUCCUUUUAAACAGGUCCAAUCUUCUGAUUUAUCACAGCAAAAUAAAAGCCACAGAAAAGCAAAAACAAGGGAGAAGCGAUUUUUAUGUUCAGAAUGUGGAAAAGGUUUUCCCCAUAGAUCAUCUCUUGUUGUACAUAAGAGAAUUCACACAGGGGAGAAACCAUAUGCAUGUUCAGGCUGCGGGAAAUGUUUUACAGAUAGGUCAGCUCUUAUUAAACAUGAGAGAAUUCACACGGGGGAGAAGCCAUAUUCAUGUUCAUACUGUGGUAAAUGUUUCAAUGUCGUAUCAAUUCUUGUUAAACAUCAGAGAAUUCACACGGGAGCAAAGCCUUUUCUAUGUUCAGAAUGUGGAAGAAGUUUUACAGAAAGAUCCGCCCUUAUUACACAUGAGAGAAUUCACUCAGGGGCGAAGCCAUUCUCUUGUUCGGAAUGUGGGAAAUGUUUUACCCAAAAAUCAACUCUUGUUAAACAUCAGAUAAUUCACACAGGGGCAAGGCCAUUUUCCUGUUCAGAAUGUGGGAAGAGUUUUACUCAAAAAUCAACUCUAGUUAAACAUCAGAGAAUUCACACAGGGGAGAAGCCAUUUUCAUGCCAAAAAUGUGGGAAAUGUUUCAAAGAGAAAUCGACUCUUGUUAAACAUGAGAGAAAUCACAUAGGCUUGAGGCCAUUUCCAUGUUCAGAAUGCGGGAAAUGCUUUAACCAAAAAUCAGAUCUUGAUAGACAUAAGAGAAUUCACACAGGGGAGAAGCCAUUUUCAUGUUCCGAAUGCGGGAAAUGUUAUAGACUUAAGGCAGGUCUUGUGGCUCAUCAGAGGAGUCACACAGGGGAGAAUACAGAGGAGUAUUCUGGCUGGCUCGGUGUGAUGGCUUCGAUACAGUUUGAGCAGGACAUGCGACAAGUUAAAGAACACAUAGGUGAAAUGGAAGGUCGCUUAAGUGACCUAGAAGACCAGAUGCCGCCGGUUAAACGAGACAUGCAGCGGGUGAUUCAUAAUGUUACAAUGCUUCUCUCUAAAACUGAUGAUAUGGAAAACAGACUGCAUCGGAAUAAUGUCCGCAUGAUAGGUGUGCCAGAACGUACCGAAGUCCAGGUUGAAGAUUACCAAGGAGAAAGGGAACACUAUCUACAUAAUAUUCAGAUGCCCCGUUUAUCAGAUGAGCAUGGGGAGAUGUUAGAUGGUGAUAUUCAACUAGAGGAAAUGGAAUUGGCAGUGCAAUCCCUUCCUAAUGAGAAAGCGCCUGGUGGGGACGGUCUGCCUGGGGAAUUUUAUAAGAAGCUUCGAGAAGUUUUACUCCCGCGUCUCCUAACUGUGUUUAACGAAUCCUGUAGGACAGUGGUGGAACCAGGCUCUGGGAAGGGAGCCAUCUCCAGCACUUACAAGGCUUUACAAAGUGAAUAUUUGAAAAACUCCCCACUUACGGUUAAGGCGAAAUGGGAGAAGGAUAAGAUGAUUGAGCUGCUGACUGAAGAGGUUCCUAUAAGGUGUCAGGAUGUCACUGUUUAUUUCUCCAUGGAGGAGUGGGAGUAUUUAGAUGGGCACAAAGAUGUGUACAAGGACGUCAUGAUGGAUGAUCACUGGCCCCUCACACCACCAGUUAAGGAAGAGAGAAGAACACCGGAGAGAUGUCCCAGUCCUCUUCUUCCACAGGAUGGUUCAGAAGAACAUCACAAUGUCCCACAGGAUGAUCAGGUUCUGAAUCCGAGUGAAGAUCUGAACAUCAUAUAUGUUACAGAGACAUAUGUGAGGGGUGAUGAGCAGAGUAUAGAGGACCUUCCUACAGAUAACCGCCCAGAUAACUGUACCAGGAGCUCAGAGGGACAACUGAUGACUUUAGAUUUUAAAUUAGAAGAUCAGAGUAUCACACAAGAUACAUAUGAAGAACAUGCCAUUGCUACAGAUAUACCUUCAGACAUUCGAAGCAAAGAUUUGUUAUCUGAUCCUUUCAAACAGGUCCUAUCAACUGAUUCAUCACAGACUGUUAAGCAAAAUAAAAGUCGCAGAAGGGGUGAACAUCAAAGAACUCACACAGGAGAGAAAGCAUUUUCAUGUUCAGAAUGUGGAAAAUGUUUUUACCAAAAAUCUGCUUUUGUUAUACAUCAGAGAAUUCACACAGGGGAGAAGCCAUUUUCAUGUUCACAAUGUGGGAAACAAUACAGCAUUAAAUCAGAUCUUGUUAGACAUCAGGCAAUUCACACAGGGGAGAAACCAUUUUUAUGUUCAGAAUGUGGGAAAUGUUUUAACAGGAAAUCACAUCUUGUUACACAUAGGAGAACUCACACAGGGGAGAAACCGUUUUCAUGUACAGAAUGUGGGAAAUGUUUUAACAGGAAAUUACAUCUUGUUACACAUCAGAUAAUUCACACAGGAGAGAAGCCAUAUUCAUGUUUAGAAUGUGGGAAAUGUUUUACAAACAGAUCAAAUCUUUUGAAACAUAGGCAUAUUCACACAGGUAUGAAACCACAUUCAUGUUCUGAAUGUAGGAAAUGUUUUACCCAGAAAUCAGCGCUUGUUACGCAUCAGAGAAUUCACACUGGGGAGAAGCCAUUUUCAUGUUCAGAAUGUGGGAAAUGUUUUACUGUGAAAUCAACUCUUGUCAGUCAUCAAAGAGCUCAUACGGGGGAGAAGCCAUUUUCAUGUUCAGAAUGUGACAAAUGUUUUCACCAGAAAUCUGAUCUUGUUAAACAUCAGAGAAUUCACACAGGAGAGAAGCCAUAUUCAUGUUCUGAAUGUGGCAAAUGUUUUAAUCAAAAAUCAAUUCUUAUUUGCCACCAUCAAACUCAUACAGGGAAGUUUACAUUUUUUUAAUUAAUUUUUUUAUAUAACAAUAUAUUGGUUACAGUUAUAUAAAGGUCACGCGACAUACAAAAGAAAGGGAAUGCAAUUAGCAGCACUAAAUGAUGAUUAAGAAAUGUAUGCAGUUACCAAUAAAUAUCUGUUAUAAAUAAAAUCCAGAUAACGCACCUAUAUAUCCACCAUGUACACUGAAAAUUUGACAUGAAAGGACCACUAAACCUUUAAAAACAAGA